GAUCCUUUCAAAAGCCUCGCGGGGCUGCUCGCUCGCGCUCACUCGCUGACUCCCUCGCGCACGCGGAUCCGCAGAAUCCAUGCAGCUCCUCCUCGAGGGGUCGCGGUGACUGAGAGCCUCCACCCCCUCUAUCUCUCUCUCUUUCUCUCUCCCUCUCUUUCUCCCCCCGGCUCCUCCUGCCCCGGCACCGAUUGUUGACAAAAGGCACUGCGAGACGGAGCAAAGGAGCCCGGUACCGCCCCUCUUCGGAAGGUGUGGCCGAGGUGAUUCUGUGGUGGUCGGACCGCAGCAGGCGUGAACUGGACCCUCUUCACCUCCUCCUCCCCUCCCCUCUCUCCUUCCUGAAACCCACCCGCGACUGUUAUUUACAAAAAACAAAAACAAAAAAAGCAGAGGCCAAGAUGGGUCAGCCACUGUGAGUGGAAGAGCCAGACCAGCGCUGCUGGAGGAGGCGGCGGCCUUGGGCACGUCUAUUCAGCCGGGAAUGUUGUGAGCUGAGGCGACCAGGCAGUCUGGAUCUGACCGGGGACCCAUCUUUCCCCCGGAGCCUCCGCGGCUCCAAGCCGCGUCCUGAGCCCUCCAAAAUGGGGAAGUGCGACGGGAGAUGCACGCUGCUGGUGAUAUGUUCACUGCAGCUGGUGGCAGCCCUUCAGAGGCAGGUGUUUGAUUUCCUGGGCUACCAGUGGGCUCCCAUUCUGGCCAACUUCCUGCACAUUAUGGCCGUCAUCCUGGGCAUGUUUGGCACUGUGCAGUUUCGCUUCAGAUACCUCAUCUUUUAUGCAGUAUGGCUGGUCGUCUGGGUGGGAUGGAACUCCUUCAUUAUUUGUUUCUACCUGGAGGUUGGAAACCUCUCUCAGGAUAGAGACUUUCUCAUGACGUUCAACACAUCCCUCCAUCGUUCGUGGUGGAUGGAGCACGGUCCUGGUUGCCUGGUAACACCAGUAUUAGACUCCCGCAUGGCCCCCGAUGACCACCAUGUCAUCACUGUGUCCGGGUGUCUGCUCGACUACCAGUACAUCGAGGUGUUGAGCUCAGCCAUUCAGAUCCUCUUGGCUCUCUUUGGCUUUGUAUACGCCUGCUACGUAAGCAAAGUCUUCCAGGAUGACGAGGACAGCUUUGAUUUCAUUGGUGGGUUCGAUUCUUACGGCUACCAGCCUCCUCAGAAGUCCUCUCAUCUGCAGCUGCAGCCUCUUUACACGGCUGGUUAACUGUUGGUAGCACCCCCUUCAGGCCAAACCCUGAUGGUGUCACUGUGGAUGGACUCACUCUGUCACAGUUUACCUGAGAAAUGGACUUAACCCCACCCAGACGGAGAGGCGUGUGUGUGUGUGUGUGUGUGUGUGUGUGUGUCUGAGAAAGUGAAAUAUGGCCCUGAAAAGAAUGUACAGAGCUCAGGGAAGAACCAGCAUGCCGGGCAGCGUGACGAGAGGAAGGCGACGCGGGAGGCAAGGCGAGGGGAGAAGAGAUUCAUAGAACAAGAGCUGGCCUCACCGAGGGGACAGUUCACUAAACUGCCAGCUCUCAACACUCCCACUGCUGUGUGUCUGUGUGUGUGUUUGUGCGUGUGUGAUUGUGUAAUUCCACAGGACUAGCUGGUGCUUUGCAGUUGCA